AUGUCAAAUAUUGUUCUGUUAAUCGUUAUUGUCUUGACGUGUAUUUCCACCAAAACCGCUGCCCAGGUGGUCUGUGUUAAUCCGAUGAAAAUUAGCGAACUUCGAGUUUUGAAGUCAAAGAAAUGUGUUAACAUAGAUGGAACGGAUGGUCGUGGAAAGAUUAAUACAAUUCACUGUGACGGCUAUCAUGAUCAGCAAAUUAUUAUGUGUGAAGAUGGAACGAUAAGGAAUUCAAAAGCUCCUUAUAAUUGUUUUACACCAGGCAAAGACGGAAACGGAAAUUUGGUGUCAGCUUCUUGCGAGGUAUACCCAGUCAUACCCGAUUAUCAGAAGUGGAAAUAUGGAAGGUCAAAAACCUUCGUAGACAGAGGAGGAAUUAAACAAGAAGCAAGAGAAAUCAUAAACGUGAAAUCUGGAGCGUGCAUGAAUGUUCAUGGUCGUGAUGGAAAUGGUGACAUUUCUGCAUAUCGUUGCGAAAAUCUGGAUGACCAGUACUUCUACUUCCGCUCUCGGGGUAAGCUGCUGGGAUCUGGGAGACUACAAGUUGAGAAAUCUGGAUAUUGUCUGGAUGUGGAAGGAGACCAAGGACGUGGCAAUGUUUUAAUAGACAACUGUGAAGACGCUGCUGAUCAGUAUUUCGACUUUUACGAAAAUGGCGAAUUAGUCAAUAAAAAGUCCGGAUUGUGCGUCAAUAUUGGUGGUUAUAAUGGAUAUGGCAAUAUUCACAUGUACGCGUGUGAAGAUCUGCCUGAUCAAAUGUGGAUACUACCGCGCCAGUACUGCCAUGGAGAUUAUUGUUCUUUCCGAAGUAAGAAAUCAGGACAGUGCUUAAACGUUGGUGGAUAUGAAGCAAAAAAGGGAAGCAAUGUGGCGACCUACAAUUGUGAGGGGACUCCUGAUCAACGCUUUAGAUGGGUGAAUAGAAAAUGGGUUACACCUAGUGCAACAUGGUCCAUGGUUGGCUGCAAUCAAAACGGUCAAGUUACUCACCGGAUAAAAAACAGGAUCAGUUACAAGACAAAAAUCACUUCGACCAAGUCAAUGCAAGUUAGUUCGACAAUCGAAAUUGGUGUCGAAUUUGGCUACGCAUCCGGCGGGGUAUCAGCCAGCGCAUCAGUCAAGCAUACAAACACUAUAGCCGUGUCAACGUCGCUCGCAAAAGAGUGGGAAAACAGCAAAUCAAAAACCAAAUCGAUAACUUUCACUUGCAAGAACUAUGAUACAGGAAAGCCAUUCAUACGGGGAUGCAUGUGGCAAUUCCAACUCACUACCAGGGAAACAACGAAAGACGAUCUUUUGAAGUGGUCGCCCCAGAUCGUGAAAUGUACAAGCAAUCAUCAGAGGCCAAAAUGCCCUCCAUUUAGGAGAUGCAAAGAUGACGCAUGCACAAUGUGUGAAAAACUACCAGGUAUCCGUAAGAAAAAAAGCGUCGACGAAUCAUUGACAUGGAAAAAGGUGUUGAAGAUAGACUAGAAAAGAAACAAAAAGACACUGCAAUACUUCAUUUAUUCGUUAUUAACUUUUGGUUUUAGUCUAGAAAUUGGGAACGCUUUUCACUAUAGUAUAAGUAGAAAUAAUAAACGAACACGCAGCUAAUUUGAGGAAUUUUUCUUUUGCAUGUUAGAGCUUUUAUGAAGCAGGAUAAGCUCUGUAUAUUACACAAAAUGUAAUAAAUAGAUGGAAACAAGUAGAAUACAUUUUUUGCAAUGCUUUUCGAGAGUUUUUCUUUUCAUGUACG